AUGGUUGAAUCUUUUGAUACAAGCUCUCUGGAGAACUCCCUCAACCUACCAUUUCCUGCUACCACUAAGCAAAUUGCGGGCGAUAAAAUCAUGGUCACAAUCUCGCAAGCAGGACGACUGGCACAUUGGUUGCAUGUACCGAUGGAGAACCAGAACCCAGGCACUGAGGGCAUGCACACCCUCGCUGAGGGCGAUGAUGCUCUUUUACCCCUCAAAAGCCUAACCACCACUACCUUACUAGGUGGCUAUUCUCCAGGACAAGACACAACGGGUCAACUACUUGCUCGUCAGAUUGCUACGGCUAUUGCAAUGAAAACACCUAGUGAAAAGAGAUUACUCCUCGUUGGCCUUGGACUUGGCAAAUCAACUGCUGAUAGAGAUUCAUUUUUUGCUAUUGUUGAUCUCGUUCUUCAAUGCCUAUGA